AUUUUCAGUUUUUCUAAUUUUCUAUUUGCCAAUCCUCCCUCCUCCACCCUGGCAUCUUCGUCCGUACAUGUCUCUUUCCUCUUCUCUCUCUCCCCACGGGCCACCGUCCCAGCCUGUAACCCUCCACACGUGUCCCACCCUCCCACACGUGCCAUCCUUCACCCAUACAACACCCUCCUUUCCUUGGUGCAACAAAUAAAAGGCAAGUCAGGGAGCCCAGAGAGACACAAAGCAUACAUGGAGAGAGAAAGUUGGGUGUGUUGUUGAGGCGAGAGUUUCACUCACAAACUCACGUAAAAACAUGUUUUUUUCUUCUUCUUGUUCUCCGAUACCAUGAAGUAGUAGUAGAUAGGUGUGUGUGUGGUGUUCAACCUUUCUGAGUUUUCUCUUCUUUCUCUCUCCUUUUUCUGUGUUCAAUCCUUGUUUUCCCCGAAAUCUUGACUAAGAUCUCUUCUGGGGUGUGUGAGAUUUUGCGAGUGUGUGUUUGAAGGGGUGAAUCUGGUGAGACAGAAGAAGUCCAACCAAUCUUGUUUGCACCUAUGAGGAUCCGUAAGAGGCAAGUGCCUUUCCCUCUAUUGCCGGUGACUCACUCAGAUCCCAACCUGAUCAACCGGUCACCGGUGAUGGUGCAACUCAACGAUGCCAUCACCACCUCACUCCACCCUUCUUGCACUUUUGGUUCGGCUGCUGCACCCUCUUUCCUCUUGGAUCCCUCUCAGCCGUCCGAUCAGCCUCUCGCUCCGAUCGGAAAACCCACCAACGGCUCUGAUGAGUACUCUGGAGAAGGAGAGACACAGAACUUGAGGCAGCAGCGCAAGAAGCAAGGAGACUCUUUGAUGGAAGAUGAGAGAAGGGAAGAAGAAGGAAGGGGACAUAAGGGUAAUGAUACCAGGAAAGGAAGAAUCUCGUGGUCUGAGACAGUUUCAUCUUCAAGCCCUCCUAAACAAGAUGGGAGAUGGAGCGAGGGAGAUAAAGCUUUCCCACCCAAGAAACGAAGAGGGACCUUCGAGAAUGCAACAGAGGAUAACAGCAACGAUGAGGAGGAAAAUGAUGAUGAUGAUAAGAAGAGUUCGAAGAUGAAGAUGAAGAGAAUGAAGACAAAGAUGAACAGGAAGUGUUCGAGGCGAGGUGACAGUAACAAGGAAGGAGGAGAAGAAGAAGAAGAAGAUGAUGAUGAUGAUGAGUACGAAGAAGAGGUGACAAGAGAAACGAAAGCCGAAGUGCAUGUUGGUAAGAAGAGGGUAAGGGGUGGUGCACUAAUGGAAGGUUCAAGGUGCAGUCGUGUGAAUGGGAGAGGAUGGAGGUGUUGUCAACAAACCUUGGUGGGUUACUCUCUCUGCGAGCAUCACUUGGGGAAGGGAAGGUUGAGGAGCAUGACGAGUGUGAGAAACAAGUCCAUUGGCACAACCAGUGGUGCACCAAAGAGCAGCAUGCCAAAGUCUGAGUCUUCCUUAGAGAAGCAAACUGCAAAGCCUAGCAGUUUCACCGAAGACCCUUUGGGAAAAGAUGCUGAAAACAACGAUGAGAAGAAGCCAGUGAUUGUCACAAAGAGGAGGAUGAAGCUUGGAAUGGUGAAAGCUCGAUCCAUAAGCAGCUUGCUGGGACAGUCAAACACUGAAAUUGUUGCCAUAGCUGAGGAUAGUGAUAACAAGUAAUUUGGAAACUAAGUGCACAAACUUCAUUAUUUCAUGUAUAACUUAUGCUUCAUAAAUACUUUUAAUAAUGGACCUUGUUGUCUUAUACCUACAUGGGUGCAACUUCUUCCUAACAAAUCAGCAUGGUGGUAUUCGAUUCCUUA